CAGACAUUUCUUCCCUUUUUCCCUUGCACCAGAUCCUCACUCUUUCUCCUUGCAUCCUAGCGGCGACGCCCAUUCAGCAAAUCCCGCCCCGCCCUCUCUUCCCCCCACUCUCUUUGCCCCUCCGCUCUUAACGCAAUAGUCGCCUUAUAGUCUACCACGCUUCCUUAUCCUUACUCUUCCUAUACACCAUCCGUGGAAACAACAAGUCACGAGGAAGCGGCACGCAACAAUCGCGCGAUCAAUUUCAUACCUUAGGUUGACCAUUUUGGAUAACGGACAGCUGGUAAGAUGUUAUAUCUCACAGCAGACAAAUUCCCAGUCUUCGUGCCAUUUGGUGUUAUUGGAUUCUACCGAUACCUCUGGUACAUCAUCCGUCUUCUAGCUAGGGCAACAUACCGUCCCAUUCCAUUACCCGAAAACCCCACCUAUGUUGCACAUGAAGAUGUAACAAUCAUCGUCCCCACCAUUGACGCCGGUGAAGAGUUUAAGGAUGCUGCCAAGUCAUGGCUUGCUGGUAACCCCAAGGAAAUCAUCAUUGUUACCGAAGCCAAGAUGGAAGGCCCCCUGCAAGACCUUGCAAACCAAGUCGAUCCCGAGCGUAUCCGUGUCCUUACCGUCCCUGCCGCCAACAAACGUCUCCAAAUGUCCCACGGCAUUCGUAACACCACCACAGAUAUCAUUGUCUUUGCCGAUGACGAUGCUAUCUGGCCGGAGACUUUGUUGCCCUAUGUUCUUGCUUGUUUCGAGGAUCAGCAAAUUGGAGGCGUUGGGACAAGUCAGCGAGUUAAGGCAGUCAAUUCACGGAUGACUGUUUGGGAAGUCCUUGCCGCGUUUCGAUUGACCAUUCGAAACAUUGAGAUUGCCUCUUCUACACACAUUGACGGUGGUAUCCCAUGUCUUUCUGGCCGAACGGCUGCCUACCGUACUAUCAUCCUCAAAGAUCCCGAUUUCCUCCACGGUUUCACCAAUGACUUCUGGCUUGGCAAAUACCACCUUAACUCUGGCGAUGACAAGUUCCUCACUCGAUGGAUGGUGUCUCACGGCUGGAACACCUACGUCCAAGUCUGCAAAGAAGCUGAACUGCUUUCUACUAUGAAGCCCAAUUGGCGUUUCCUUUUGCAAGUCCUGAGAUGGACUCGGAACACUUGGCGAUCCGAUUUCCGAUCAAUCUUCACUGAGCGAUAUGUCUGGACAAAGCACCCCUAUGUUGCCUACACUAUGAUUGACAAGUUUAUCAACCCCCUAACCCUUCUCGUCGGACCUUGUCUGGUCAUCUAUUUGAUCGUCAAGAGUACAAAAGACGUUUUGGACGGUGGCUACCAUCUUGCAGCUUGGGAUAUUGUCGUUUCUUAUCUCGUCUGGCUGAUGUGCACAAGAACGCUCAAGCUCUUACCACAUUUGUGGAACAACCCUAAACACAUCAUCUACGUCCCCGCUUUCAUUGCCUUUGGUUACUACUUUGCGAUCAUGAAACUGUACGCAUUGUUUACUUUGCAUGAAACUGGAUGGGGUACUCGUGCUGGUAUCGGAAAUAUUACCGAGGCUACUAUGGCGGCCGAAAAAGAGAACGAGGCCUCCAAUUUUGCACGACAACAACAGCCAGACUUUCAAUAUCCAGCUGCGCGCAGAAAGGCAUGAGUUAAUUUGACACGUUUUAACAUGACAGCAUGACAUUCCGAAGAUACGACCAUAUUUGGCAUUUAGAUUUUGGACGAUUUCACGUCCUUUUAUCUGACUUUUCAAAUCCUUUUCCCUUCAUAUACAAUACUCGCAGGCAGGAUUCCGCGUGGGCGGCUGGUAGGGAGAUGCUGGUUCGCGCAGCUAUGUACGGACAUUUGUUAUAUACGACAUUCCAGUCUUUGUUUUAGUUUCCCUUUGGCUUGGCCCGGAGGACAUGCAUUUUAUUUUGUACAAGCUUCUUUGAUAGCAGGAAGAUAAUAUGCAUGUAUUUAUUUCAG